GUAAAGCCAGUAAAAAAAAAAAGUCGUAAGAGGUUAUGUUUAUAAAGUGGACAAUUUUGUCGAGUCAGAUCAGUUAUUUGAGGAAAUAUUAAAUUUUGUUUAUUACUGAUAAAUAGCAAGAUGCUCGUGACAUUAAAAACUUUACAACAACAAACUUUUCAAAUAGACAUAGAUCCGGAGGAGACUGUGAAAGCGUUGAAGCUCAAAAUUGAAGUUGAAAAAGGUAAAGACUAUGCGGCAGAUCAUCAGAAACUUAUAUAUGCGGGUAAAAUUCUUCUUGAUGACAAUAAAUUGUGCACCUAUAAUAUAGAUGAAAAAAAAUUCGUCGUUAUUAUGGUUACGAAACCUAAAUCAACUGAUAGUCAACAAGCGUCAUCGACCUCUGCGCCCGAAGCUGGAGAAAGUGCGUCAACCGAAAGUGGUGAUGCUAAAAACAAAGCACUGGAAGAAAAUCCGAAGCCAGCUCCUGCUACUGAACCUGAGCGCCCUAUCGAACCAUCUGUCACUUCUACUGAUCUUGACUUCGAGUCAACGGUCCAAAGCAUUAUGGAUAUGGGCUACAACAGACUGCAAGUAGAACAGGCCCUGCGUGCGUCGUUUAGUAACCGUGAAAGAGCAGUUGAAUAUCUCAUAACAGGUAUACCUGAAGAAUUGCUCCAAGAACAGGAAGUUGAAGAAAGUUCCGAUUCUGAUGAUCCAUUAGGUUUCCUACGUGACCAACCAGCCUUAUUGCAAGCUAUAAGCCAGCACCAACAAGCUUUUGUUAGAAUGCUUAAUGAGCCUAUCAGUGCCUCACCAGCAACCAAUAUGGGGGCUACUGCAGCAACAGCUAUAGGACCGACUGAAGGAGUUGCGGCAGACAGUCCAGUUACACAAUCACCACAAAAUGUCAUACAAGUGUCUUCUCAAGAUAAAGAAGCUAUAGAACGAUUAAAAGCUCUAGGAUUUCCAGAGCACAUGGUAAUUCAAGCUUAUUUUGCCUGUGAAAAGAAUGAAAACCUUGCAGCUAACUUCCUGCUGUCUCAAAACUUUGAUGAUUAAAAUAGUGCAACUACAAAUUGAAAUCCAGUCAGGAUAUUAACUAAGAAUUCUUAAUAAAACAGUUGAAGUCAAGUUGAAUAAACUGUUAGGUUUACUUUUCAAUCCUUAAAGAAUGAAAACAAACACUGCAGUAUAUGAUCUUAUGCUUGAAAAUAAACAGCCCAUUAACCUGCUUUGUUUUUUUUCAAAAAAAAUUGUCAUAUUACUAGUUUAAAGUAAUAGAUAAUAUGUAAUAAAAAUUCAUAUUGUUCAAUUCUUUUAAAUAAAAACAGUUAUAUAAUGUA